UGCUACUUUCACCUCACUUCAUCAAUGCUUCCUAGCUUCUUCUUCCUCUAGUGCUGAAAGUCCUGUUAUCUUUCAUCUCUAAACAACAGAAGUUUCCCAAUAUAGUAUGCAAACCAUCACUGACCCAGAACCAGAUGAUGAUACAAGAAAACCUCAAACCUCUCCUUAAUGGCAAAAUCUAAGCACACCCUUUGCUUCUUCCACUUUCUCAUCAUCACCAUUUUCCUCGUUUCCUCCGCCACUUCAAGUUCAAAUCUUUUUCCAGAGAUAAAGGUUCAACAAGGUCAAGAAGAGCCGUAUGUGGGGGUGAACAUUGGCAUAGAUGUGUCCAACUUUCUGUCUCCACCUGACUUAGUUUCUUUCCUGCAGUUGCAAAAGGUAACCCACAUAAGGCUAUAUGAUGCUGACCCAGAAAUUCUCAAGGCACUUUCCAAGUCCAAGAUUAGAGUUAUUGUUAGUGUGCCCAACAAUGAGCUUUUGGCCAUAGGGUCCUCCAAUGCCACGGCGGCGGCUUGGGUUGGCCGGAAUGUGGCUGCUUAUUACCCGGAGACACUCAUCACAGCCAUUGCAGUUGGGGAUGAAGUGUUGACCACUGUCCCCAGUUCAGCCCCUCUGCUAAUGUCUGCCAUUGAAUCUCUGUACAGUGCCUUGGUGGCUGCAAAUUUGCAUACCCAGAUCAAGAUUUCAACCCCUAGUGCUGCUUCCAUUAUCCUUGACCCAUUCCCACCUUCCCAAGCCUUCUUUAACCAGUCCCUCACCCCAGUUCUUUCCCAAUUGCUGAAGUUCUUGUCUAGAACUCAGUCUCCUUUGAUGAUGAAUUUAUAUCCUUACUAUGUAUUUAUGGAGAACAAGGGGGUUGUUCCUCUUGAUAAUUCUCUUUUCAAGCCCUUGACGCCUUCCAAAGAAAUGGUGGAUCCUAAUACUUUGCUGCACUAUACCAAUGUGCUUGAUGCUAUGAUUGAUUCUGUGUAUUUUUCUAUGAAGAAUCUGAAUGUUACAGAUGUUGUGGUUCUGGUUACUGAGACUGGCUGGCCUUCCAAGGGUGAUUCUAAGGAGCCCUAUGCUACAAUUGAUAAUGCUGAUACUUAUAAUUCAAAUAUGAUUAAGCAUAUUUAUGAUCGAAUUGGGUCGCCUUUGCACCCGGAAAUUACUUCCAGUGUGUACAUAUAUGAGCUGUUCAAUGAGGACUUGAGGUCACCGCCGCUAUCUGAGGCUAAUUGGGGGUUGUUUUAUGGAAAUUCAACACCAGUUUACUUGCUUCAUGUGUCUGGCAGUGGUACAUUCUUGGCUAAUGAUACAACUAACCAAACCUAUUGCAUAGCCAUGGAUGGUGUUGAUAAGAAGACCUUGCAGGCUGCUUUGGAUUGGGCUUGUGGGCCAGGGAGGGCAAAUUGCUCUCAAAUUCAGCCAGGGGAGAGCUGUUAUCAGCCUAGUGAUGUGAAGAACCAUGCUUCAUAUGCAUUCGAUAGCUACUACCAGAAGACGGGGAAGGCUGUGGGUUCUUGCGAUUUCAAGGGAGUGGCCAUGAUCACCACCUCUGAUCCAAGUCACGGGAGUUGUAAAUUUCCUGGAAGUAAGAAGAUAAUCAAUACCAAAACAAGCCAGGUAGUGAACUCGACAAAAGCAAGUGGAGCGAGCACAAUAAGAUUGACAACCAUACAUCACACCAGAAUAAGUAUCUCUAAUCUGGGCUUGCACGUUCUCCUCAGUGUUGCCUUCUGUUUGUUUUAUUAUCCAUUUCAUCUAUGACAAAAAGGUUCAGAAUGGUUGGCUUAUUCCAAUGUAGAUGUUUAUUCUUUUGGGCAUCCACAAGGGUAGUUGGGAGGGGAAUUUUUCCACGAGCUGUGCUUCAUGGAAUUCUCAAAAAUCAAUGCCAUUAUACCCAUCAUUCGUAGACCCCGAGAAGAGCUGAAGAAAGUGGGAGUCUUGAGCCUCAUGGUAUACCAGAGAAUCAGAGAUGAACAAGUCUUAUUCUGUCUUUGGGAAAGUUUUGUUGUAUUUAUUUAUUUUUAUUUCUUUUGAAUGGCAAUGAACUGAAGAAAGGUUAACUAUUGCUGGCUUCAAUUUUUUUUUUUUUUUUUUUUUUUAAAUAAUGCUGUCUUCAAUUCAGAGGUUGUGCAGGAGAACCUACUAAUAAAGAAUCCAACCACUUCUGGGAGUGAGCUGAGGCUGCUCCAUUGAUUUUAGUAGUUGUCUGAAGUUGCAGUUGAUUAAUGUAGGAUGUUACAUUUAUUCAGUGUUGUCAGUUGUAUUGGUGGCCUGGCCUUAUUUAUGUGUACAUUUGUCAUUUCUGUU